GUUGAAUCUGCACUCAAUAAUAAAAUUGCAAUCACGUGAGAGAGUUGUACUCAGUGCAAUUCCAACAAACUGUAUGAACAUUGUGUUGACAGUGAUGUUAGUGUAAUAGGUUGAGGACCUCAUUAAAACCGGUUUUAUCUACGGAUUUUAACUAAAUUAUAUUAGUGGUUCAAUAAGUUUGUUGGUGAAAAUUACUCGUAAUAACUCGUCCGACACAAAAAAUGAAGUUGUUAACGUCGCUGAUCUUACUUUGUACCUUGAAAAUUCAUACUUCCAGUCCAUUAGGCUUCGAAGAUGUCAUCAUACCCAAAAAUUAUGCAAGAUACGGUCAAGCGCUAGAAGCAAUAUUCAGUAUGACGUUAAGACUUCAUGCUAUAAUGGACACGUCAGUCAACGAAAAUUUCGUAGUGUCACCUAUCAGUACAACUGCCAUCAUUGCUCAACUUAUGUUAGGUGCAGAAGAUCAUUUCAGGGAACAACUUCACGAUCUUUUAUCAUUACCUGCAUCAACUUCUUCGUUCAACGUAACACACUUCACUAAAGACAGGAACGAAAGUCAAAUAAUGCCAUACGCUACCUUUCAUCUACAGCUGGCAAUUCUAUUGAAAAAUUUGAAGACCAGAAAACCAGGAGAACACUUCGUGUUGAAUUUAGACAAUGCGUUAUUCUAUAAUGAAGAUAUAGACUUGAGAACUGUUUUUACAAACACUUUACAUAAAAUAUACGACACCGACAUUACUCCAUUGGAUUUCAAAAACGACACAACCAGUAUUAUCAACAAAUGGGCUGCAAACCAUACCAACGGGCUGAUUAAAUCAUUUUUACAAACUCCGCCAAACUCUGACACUGCAUCGUUAUUUAUGAACUCCGUCUACUUCAAAGCAGAUUGGGAAACGCCCUUCGCUACUAUCUUAAAUAAUAUAGAUAACUUCAAUAUAAACGCUACAGAAACUGUAAAAACACUUUACAUGAUGGAGAACAUCCUCAAUAUAAAAUAUGCAGAAACAAAAUUCUUCAAAAUAGUUUGCCUGCCUUACAAAAAUCGAGAAGUUGGAAUGUACAUUAUUUUGCCCAACAAAGAUAGCGAAAACAAGUAUAAUAUUAGAUUGUUCAUGGAUUCUAUGGACCCUAAGGAAAUUUUAAGAAGUGUAUUAAUCAUGAAACCACAUGAUGUCACCAUAAAAAUACCAAAACUUUCCCUAUCCAACACUUUCAGCAUAUUGAAACCACUUCAAAAAUACAGUGCAUUCAAGAAAUCAGAAGCAGAGAAAAACGAGACGCAGUCUAAUGCUAUUGACGAAAUUGUAAAUAGGGUACAAAAUUUCAAAAACUUCACCGCGCCCAGUUACCAAGAUAUAUUUUUGGAAAGUGCAGCUAGAGACGCAAAAUUGAAAGUGUCUGAUAUUGUCCAACAAAUGAUAUUUGCAAUUAAUGAGCAAGGUACAGAAGCUGCGGCUAUAAGUGGAGGUUUUAUUGAUUAUAUGGGAGGAUCGAAAACUGUAAUAUUAAACAGACCGUUUGCCUUCUUUAUAAGACAUGAAGAAACGCAAGCUAUACUUUUCUGGGGAACAAUUUCAAAUCCGUCAAAACAUUAAACCUAGUUUUGGUUGGUUUUUUGUUGAGAAACUUUUCUUUACGAAAAGGUGACUGAUAGACACUAGGGGUGUUUUAUUUAUUAUAGAUUUUUGUAAAUUUACAAUAUAUUUUACGAGUACAUAUAUAAUUUAUUUGAUUACAAAUUA